ACGCCGCGGCGGCAGCGGGCUGCGGCCGCCACAGCCCACAGCGGGACCGAGGCCGCCGGGAGCCGCGGCAAUGGCAGGAAAAGCCCAUAGGCUGAGCACGGAGGAGAGGGAGCAGCUGCUGCCAAACCUGAGAGCUGUGGGAUGGAACGAGGUGGAAGGAAGAGACGCCAUCUUCAAAGAGUUCCACUUCAAGGACUUCAACCGGGCCUUUGGCUUCAUGACCAGAGUGGCUCUACAGGCAGAAAAACUGGAUCACCACCCUGAAUGGUUUAAUGUGUACAAUAAGGUUCACAUCACCUUGAGCACCCAUGAAUGCGGGGGCUUAUCGGAGCGAGACAUCAACUUGGCCAGCUUCAUCGAGCAGGUUGCAGCUUCCCUCUCCUGACUAGAGAGAGAUACAUGAAGCCAAAAAUCCUUUCUCUGCUGUGACCAGCCGCAUCUCGCCUGGACAGCUGCACCUCGAGCCUUCUCCCACUUCCAAACUAGUUCCUGGAUCCAGACUGCCUGAGGCCAUGCCAGACUCCCUGCCACAGCUUGGAUGGAUCGAGGCACUUCUUGGCCACUGUGCAUAUAUCCAUCUCUGAUUGUGCUGCUCCUGUUCUUAAAGCCUUUGUUAGCUGUGUGCUACCAGCCUGCAAACUGCUGAGCCUCUGGGGCUUUCAGCAGACAUGCCCUUCUAUCAGGAGUCAUGUUACACCAGUAAGUCUUUCCAGAGCCUUACCCCAUCCAGCCAUUGUGUUACUGCAUCUUACCUAUUGGAAUAUGCUUUCUGCCUACAGCAUGGUACAUGAACCCUUUGGUUUCUCAAUAACAUACCAGCAACUGUGAUGUGCAAUUUGGUUAUUACUGUAACCAGUCUCUAGCAGUGUUAUAAGCAGGCAUGUGAUCUCACCCCUAUUGUAACCAGCCUUUAGUAGGAUACCAACUGAAAAUGUUUACAAUAAACAUCUCAGUUAACCUGA